AUGGCCUCGUUUCGUAAGGGCCUUUACAAGUUUUUUACUAGAGAUGAAGGUGAUGUCAUAUUAGAAACAUGUAACGAGGGUGAAAUGGUCAAUAUGAUGAUGCCUCAAAGACAAGAAGGUCAGGAGAAGCAUGAAUUCAUAAAAGCUCAUUUCAAAUUCCUUAACUGUGUGGUUAGUAGACCUAUGAUGAACAUUAUCAAAAUUGAGGAUGUUAAAAAGUGUAUUGAAGAUGUUAUCAAAUGGAAUGAGCUUGAGGAAAAAGUAUUCAAGCAAAAAUCUAAACUUGAGUGGCUGAGGUUGGGUGAUGGUUCAACAUCAAUGGAUGUCACUAUAACCUUUUUGCAAGCAAGACGUGAGAUUAGGCAAGGUGACCCCAUAUUCCCUCUCAUUUUUGUUGUCAUUAUGGAGUAUUUGAACAUAAUCUUACACAAAAUGCAGAGGAACCAUGAUUUUAAUCAUCAUGUCAAAUGUGAGAAGCUUCGCAUUACUAAUUUGUCCUCUGCAGAUGACUUUCUGUUGUUUUUAAGAGGUGAUUAUAAAUCUAUUGAGCUUAUAAUGAGUGCAUUCAACAACUUAUCAAUGUCAUUUGGUCUUAAAGCAAAUCUUGAAAAAUGUAGAAUUUAUUUUGGAGGAGUGGAUGAUAGCAUAAAGAAGAACACUAUCAGCCUAACUACUUUUAGAGAGAGCCCCCUCCCUUUCAGGUGCUUGGGUGUGCCUCUGACUUGCAAAAAGCUCUCCAUCCACCAUUACAUGACUUUGGUAGAUGAGAUAGUAUGA